GGACUAUAACCUGGUGCUGUGUGAUUUUUAACUUUGUACAUCCCAGUCCAACACCGGCAUCUCCAAAUCAUCGGAGUUUGACAGUGUGGGGGAGCAGGUGGGAGAACUACGACUCCCAUGAUGCCUUGGGUGAGGGCGGGGGAGCAGUGCGCAUGUCCCGCCGGCGUUGCCGCGGUGUAGGCUGGGAGGUGAGUUCCAUUCUCACCCCCCCCCACUUCCCCUCUCCAUUUCCCCUGCCGGAGACCCAGGCCAGUUCCCGGUGACCAUGGUGGGCACCUAUUGUUGUGUGCCGGGCUGCUUCAACAACACCCUCAAGAACAAGGAGCUCUCUUUUCACGUCUUCCCCAAGGACGAGACGCUGCGCGGUGUUUGGAUCAGUAACCUGUCGCGUUUGGACGAGAGGAAAUUCAGCGUGUGGCAGCCCAAAACCCAUCACAAAGUCUGCGACGCCCACUUCGCCGGAGGCAAGAAGACCUACAUGAACAAUGUGCCCAUCGUCUUCCCCGUGAAGGUCGAGAGGUCCCGCAGGAAGGAGCAGGCCAAGCUCCUGCUGCUGGGUGCCAAGGAGGUUACCCCACCAGGCCAGCUGUCGCAAAAUGGAAAUCAGUUUAACUAUUCCCAGAAUGUCUUGACAUUUCACAAGAGGGCCAAACUGAAGUAUGGCCAGAGACAACAGAAGGAUUUUCCAAAAAGAACCAAAGUACCUUUUACUAGCUCUGCAGUUCCAAAGAAAGGAUCAGUUGUAGCAUCUCUAUCACUGAAUCAUCAAGAGGGUGAUGAUGAAAAAGCCCGUUUUGAAGCUGCACAGACUCUGCUGGAUAUCUUUAAAGUUAAUUCAAGCUAUGAAGGCGUUCAAAUGACCACUGUUUGUGAGGCACUGCAUCAAAUAAAUGAGAAACUAAAUACAGAGAUUGCUGGGUUGAAAGAUGAGCAUCGGUAUCUGAAGGCAGAAUAUAAUCAAAUCAGUGGGGAGCUGAAAAGAUUUAAAGAUGGUGAAUCCAAAUGUUGCACUCAGUUUCCAAUGUCUUCAACAAUUCCACAGCUGCAGACCAAAGCUUCAGCUGAAUGUAGCCCAGAUCAGCCUAGCAUUUACCCAGAUGGACAUACUGACUGGAGUAUUAAAACAAGAGUCCUGAUUACCUCACCUACUCCAUUCUCCUGGGCAAAAUCAAGUAUCAAAUUGUUAUCAGGAUCCAUUCACAGAACAACAAUAAAAGCUGAUGAUUUUUAUAUUAAACAGGAGCCCGAUGAUAGCCCUACUUUAAAAUGUGCCUUCCAGCAGAGUCUGAGAUACUGGAUGCAUCCCAGGCUACCCUGGCUGCAACUUUUUCCAAGAAUUGAUGUUGAUAGUAUAUCAGUUGAUGAUGGUUUACAGUGGUCCCCAGAUUACAAGAUACAGAAUAUUUUAAUGAAAGACUGGUUGUCAUCCUGUAGCUCACUCUUUGACCUCCUACAGUCUGGUCAUUGUCCUUUCUUUUACAUCUGUACAUACCAAUUCACAGUACUUUUCAAGGCUGCUCAGGAAUCCAGAGGAGAAUCAAUUUCUGCCUUGUUGUACCCAGCAAAUGUGGAAGUUUUAGAAGCAAUGAGAUUGUCAGAAGUUGUGUUCUCAACAUAUUUAGUUGAGAAUUCUCAGGAAAAUGUUCACGUGAACCUUUCUUCAUCAGAUGGAUGUGGGUCAGUACAUCUUACACCAGCUCAUUUUAGAAAUUAUAUCAGAAAUGUCAAAAAAACAGUGAUUGACUCACGUGCACAGAAGUCUUUUCCACCCAUAAAGACAGAACCUCAGGAAGAAAUUCCAACAUCAGAGUCAUCCGAAUGCUAUCUACAUGAGGGAUAUCAGGAUAUGCAACUGAAAUUCCUGGUUGCAGUUGAAGGAUCCUACACAGAAUCCUUAAUAACUUUUCUAAUGAACUCAUCACAUAUAGUUGCACAAGAGGGUGUACAACGAGGGCUGCCACCCACACUGCUUUGCCCUGUGGCCUUCCCCGGAGCAACUCUACAGUUGCUCCAGGUUUCUAAUACUUGUGGAAAAGUCCAGGGUUGUCAUGGUCUUAUAGACUCUUACAGCUUAGAGAUCACAGGUCCCAUUCUUCCACACUCUAUGGACUAUAUCAAUCAUAUUCUGCAGUGCAACGGGUAUGGUGGAACAUUGAAUGUUGUUAAUGUCCAGGAGUGCACCUCUGUCUUCAAUGUUCAUUUUUCUAGUUAGUCAAAAUCGAAACACUACGUUUGUUGUCAUCGCUAUAUCAGAAGUAGUUAUACUGUUGUGGAUCUCCAGCAAACAGUUCUG